GGUCUAGAUAGUGCCAGAAAUCUGCAUUUUAACAGGCUUUCCAGAUUCUGAAGAAAGGAGACUAUUUUCACACUCUGAGAACCCUGUCAAGGGGCAGUGGUUUUCAGCCUUAGUGACUGGUCAAACUCAUCUGCGGAGUGUUCAGAAAAUAAUGGUGCCUGGCUCCACCCAGACCUGUUAGACCAGGGUCUUCUGGGUGGAAUCCAGUCACCUUUAAUUUUAACAAGCUCCCCAGCUCGUGUUCGCACCUCAGGAUGGCCUGUACUAUGGAACCAUUGGUAAAGAAGAUCUUUAAAGGAAUUUUAGUAACUGAAGUUAUGGGCAUUUCUGGAGCUUAUUUUCUGUUUAAUAAAAUGAACACAAGCCAAGAUUUCAGGCAAACUAUGAGCAAGAAAUUUCCCUUCAUCUUAGAAGUUUAUUAUACAUCCCUUGAAUAUUCUGGAAUAUAUGGAAUCAGAUAG